GUGCCAUUGGCUGCGGAUUCCACUUCCUGCCUCCCCGGCUCGUGCAAGCUCCGUAGCCUUGCUUGCAUGCAUACGUUGGCGCGCAAUGCGCAAUCGCGUGUAGGGCAUAAAUCAUAUCGACGGAUUCCCGCUGUCUCCUCAUUUUUGUAAGUAGGUGAGCCGUCAGCUGAAGAAGCAAACCCAGGUGCCGCUCCGUUUGUUGCUGGUCGAUCGUCGCCCACCGGCGCUCAUGACGACGGAGAAGGGAUCGUCGGCGUCGCUGGCCCGGCCGUGCAUCCUGAUCAUAGUGGUGGCCGGCGUGGAGAGGUUCGCGUUCAAGGGGGUGGCGUCCAACAUGGUGAAUUACCUCACCGGAGUCGUCGGGAUGAGCACGGCGGCGGCGGCCCAGAACGUGAGCGCGUGGGUAGGGAUCACCUCCAUGCUGCCGCUCGUCAGCGCCGUCCUCGCCGACUCCUACUGGGAUCGCUACUCCACCGUCACCGCAUCAUCCUUGCUCUACGUCGCGGGGCUGGUAGGACUAGCCUCAUGGGCAAUGCUUCACAAAUGGAUGCCAUGGGCGACGCUCUUCUUGCCACUCUACCUGAUCUCGAUCGGGCAAGGCGCGUACAGCCCUUCGCUGCAAGCCUUCGGCGCCGACCAGCUCGACAUCGGAGACGAGAACGAGGAUGACGCGGCGUCGGGCACCACGGCGGAGGAGAAGGGCAAGGUGAAGAGCGCCUUCUUCCACUGGUGGUACUUCGGCAUAUGCUGCGGCAGCCUCCUGGGGAACACCACCAUGUCCUACGUCCAGGACACCGUCGGCUGGGGCAUCGGCUUCGCCAUCCCCGGCGCCGCCAUGGCCCUCUCCAUUGCGGCGUUCCUUUGCUGCACCCCUCUCUACAGGAAGAUCAGUCAGCCAAGAAGCGGUGACAGGUCUUCUUCCGAGAGCGUCUUCAGAGCUCUCAAGUCACUCCUGGCGAGCGUUUCUGCCGGAAAGAUCCGUUUGUCGUCGAGACAUGGUGGCGAAGACGACGGCGACGACAAGAACAAUGCUUCCGAGCUUGAGUUGCAGGAGAAGCCCUUGAAAUUAGCUAAGCUAACUGACCCGAAAGAGGCCAACAAACCCGGCGUGGCCAAGGUCAUCCUCAGGCUGCUGCCGAUCUGGACGGUGCUGCUCAUGUUCGCGGUGAUCUUCCAACAGCCGAUGACCUUCUUCACGAAGCAGGGCACGCUGAUGGACCACCGUGUGGGUGGCGGCGCCUUCGUGAUCCCGCCAGCGACGCUCCAGAGCACAAUCACCGUGUCCAUCAUCAUCAUCAUGCCGCUCUACGACAGGGUGAUCAUCCCCCUGAUCGGCGUGGUCACCAGGAACAGCAAGGGGAUCACGGUGCUCCAGCGGAUCGGCGUGGGCAUGGUUUUCUCCAUCGUUGCCAUGGUCAUCGCGGCCCUCGUUGAGUCCCGGCGUCGCCACGAGGCGGCCGGUCAGAUGAACAUUGCCUGGCUGCUCCCGCAGUACGUGCUGCUGGGCGUCUCGGAUGUAUUCACCGUCGUGGGGAUGCAGGAGUUCUUCUACUCGCAGGUCCCCGACACCAUGAGGACCAUCGGCAUCGGGCUCUACCUCAGCGUCUUCGGCGUCGGCAGCCUCGUCGGCACGCUGCUGAUCGCGGCGAUCGAGGUGGCCACGGCGGGGGGCGCCGGAAAGGGCCACGGCUGGUUCUCGGACGAUCCCCGCGAGGAGCGCCUGGAUAACUACUACUGGUUCUUGGUGCUCCUGAGCUCCAUUAGCUUCUUGAUUUUCACACAGCUUUGCAGGUGCUACCAUUAGCGUUGGUUUGAUGCCAAUGUUUGCCAUUUAGUCAGAUAUUAGCCACUAAUUGGUUGCCUUCUAAUGAUCUAGCCAACCUCACAUAAGGCCCUGCUUGAAAUCGGUGUAAGAUAGAUCCGUAUUUAAUAUAUAGGUGUAUAUUACGGGCCGUAGCGUAAUUUUCGUCUGAAAUGAAAACAACGGCCGGAGGUGUUAUAUCAUUUUACAGGUGUAUCUACGAGCUAAGCGAUAAUCCAAACGGGAUCUAAGUCUUGGAUUUGCCAAUUUUUGGACUGCCUAAAAUUUGGUAGCAAACCAAACAUAUGCUCAGAAUUAUGUGGCAUUCUUACUGUUGCAUGCGUGCAACUUACACACUAGCUGACAGGGUGAGCUGUGUGUGUUCUGCUUUUGUAAAACUCUUGUGCAUUAUAGGUUGUGUAAAGAGAGCUUACCAAAGAAUGAAAGAAACUAAAGUUGCAU